GAAGUAUUUGACCCAAACACUACCGGGCUGAUGCAAGUUGUAUGAGCUGUCAGCUGUGUGUGAAGAAUAUACGUUACCUGGCCGGUGUAAAGAGGAUGACGGACUGUCAAGGAGACGGUGAAGGAGCCAAGAGUCCAAUGGAGCUCUACGAGAGUUUGGCAUCACAAGGAGACGAAGUCAGGGCCUUGAAAACAGCUAAAGCAGAGAAAGCUGAAGUCGAUGCUGCUGUCCAGUUGCUGCUAAAGUUGAAAGUAGACUACAAACUGCUGACGGGUCAGGACUACAAAGCAGGCUCUCCGCCCUCAGAAACAUCUGUGGCCCCCGAGAACGGGCCAGCAACAGAUGGCGCUAAUGAUGACGACACAGUUGACCCGUGGAACGUCUCCACCAACAACGCCAAGGGAGUGGACUACGACAAACUCAUAGUGAGGUUUGGCAGCAGUAAAAUUGACCAGGAGCUCGUGGACAGAAUGGAAAAAGUCUCGGGACAGAAGCCUCAUCGCUUUCUACGAAGAGGAAUUUUCUUCUCACACAGAGAUAUGCAUCAGGUACUGGAUGGGUAUGAGAAGCACAAGUCCUUCUACCUUUACACUGGCAGAGGUCCGUCAUCAGAGGCCAUGCAUGUUGGUCACCUCAUCCCUUUCAUCUUCACCAAAUGGUUGCAGGAUGUAUUUGACAUUCCUCUGGUGAUCCAGUUGACUGAUGAUGAGAAGUACCUGUGGAAGGAUCUAACACUAGAAGAUUGCCACCGCUUCGCUGUGGAAAAUGCCAAGGACAUCAUUGCCUGUGGCUUCGAUGUGAACAAAACCUUCAUCUUCUCUGACCUCGACUACAUGGGUGCAUCCCCUGCAUUCUACAGAAAUGUGGUGAAGAUCCAGAAACAUGUGACGUUCAACCAGGUCAAAGGCAUCUUUGGCUUUACAGACAGCGACUGCAUCGGCAAGAUCAGCUUCCCAGCCAUCCAGGCAGCUCCAUCGUUCAGUAGCUCUUUCCCACAGAUCUUCAAAGGCAGAAAGGAUAUACAAUGUCUCAUCCCCUGUGCCAUAGACCAGGACCCCUACUUCAGGAUGACUCGUGAUGUGGCUCCGAGGAUCGGCUACCACAAACCAGCCCUGCUGCACUCAACCUUCUUCCCAGCCCUGCAGGGGGCGCAGACCAAGAUGAGCGCCAGUGACGCCAACUCCUCCAUCUUCCUCACUGACACACCCAAGCAGAUUAAAAACAAGGUCAACAAACAUGCAUUUUCGGGAGGAAAAGACACAGUGGAGGAGCACAGGAAGUACGGUGGAAACCCGGAUGUAGACGUCGCCUUCAUGUACUUGACCUUCUUCUUGGAGGAUGAUGAACAGCUGGAGAAGAUCAAACAGGAUUACACCAGUGGAGCUCUGCUAACGGGAGAACUGAAGAAGCUUUUGAUUGAGACACUGCAACCAAUGAUUACACAGCACCAAGAGCAACGCAAACAAGUCACAGAGGAGACAGUCAAGCAGUUCAUGACACCCAGGCCUUUAAAUUUUAACUUCUAGCCUCCUUGAGCAACUGAGAUGUCAAGGUUCAUCAUGUCUCUAAUCUCUGUGCAAGAGCAAAUGAUUAUCCAUCUUUUUCAAUUUAACUUAAAACGAGAAGACAGACAUUUUGCAUCAGGACUGGAGAAAAAUGUAAAUGACUGGAGCAACGGUGUGCUUCUCUGUGUCAAACUAAGCAUUGCAUUACCCUCACCUUCAUGCUGUGUGUUAGCUUUUCUCUGCGCUACAUGCACACAUCUAUUCUCAUGAAGUGUUCGUGGCUGCAGCGCUGCUGUAAUGUCACAUGAGCCCUACUCCAAACCCGGAAAACCGUUCAGGACGAAUGAAAAUUAAAGAGUACAAAUGUACAUUGUUGCAAAAUCUGCUUACAACACAGCCACACAUUCACCUUUUAAAAACGUUAGUCGAGAAGUCUUAUUUUACUUGAGGAAAAAUAGCCUCUAAACAAGAACUGUCACUUUGUAAUAAACAGAAGCAGAUGUGUGGUAAGAGAUAGGCGCAGUAUGAUAAUAGGGGAUAUAUUAUGAGACGUUAAUCUCUGAAGAGUUUGAGCACGUCAAUAAGGAGGCUAUCUGUGUAAAAUGUAUUUCUCAUCAGCGAAAGGGAGUUGACUCAAGGUAACUCUUUCGCUAAGCAUGGUCUACGUGAAGAGGUUAUGCAUCGACUAAAAAAUAAACUCUACUUGAACAACCAAAAA